AUGAGAUUUAUGCAAACGCCCACCCACAGCAUCUCCCUUCCCCCUCUCACAGCUCCUCCCUUCCCCCUCUCACAGCUCCUCCCUUCCCCCACCCACAUCAUCUCCCUUCCCCCUAUCACAGCUCCUCCCUUCCCCCUCUCACAUCUCCUACCUUCCCCCACCCACAGCAUCUCCCUUCCCCCUAUCACAGCUCCUCCCUUCCCCCUAUCACAGCUCCUCCCUUCCCCCUCUCACAGCUCAUACCUUCCCCCACCCACAGCAUCUCCCUUCCCCCUAUCACAGCUCCUCCCUUCCCCCUCUCACAGCUCCUCCCUUCCCCCACCCACAUCAUCUCCCUUCCCCCUAUCACAGCUCCUCCCUUCCCCCUCUCACAGCUCCUCCCUUCCCCCACCCACAUCAUCUCCCUUCCCCCUCUCACAGCUCCUCCCUUCCCCCUCUCACAGCUCCUACCUUCCCCCACCCACAGCAUCUCCCUUCCCCCACCCACAGCAUCUCCCUUCCCCCUAUCACAGCUCCUACCUUCCCCCUAUCACAGCUCCUCCCUUCCCCCUCUCACAGCUCAUACCUUCCCCCACCCACAGCAUCUCCCUUCCCCCUAUCACAGCUCCUCCCUUCCCCCUCUCACAGCUCCUCCCUUCCCCCACCCACAUCAUCUCCCUUCCCCCUAUCACAGCUCCUCCCUUCCCCCUCUCACAGCUCCUCCCUUCCCCCACCCACAGCAUCUCCCUUCCCCCACCCACAGCAUCUCCCUUCCCCCUCUCACAGCUCCUCCCUUCCCCAUCUCACAGCAUCUCCCUUCCCCCACCCACAGCAUCUCCCUUCCCCCUAUCACAGCUCCUCCCUUCCCCCUCUCACAGCUCCUCCCUUCCCCCACCCACAUCAUCUCCCUUCCUCCUCCCUUCCCCCUCUCACAGCUCCUCCCUUCCCCCACCCACAUCAUCUCCCUUCCCCCUAUCACAGCUCCUCCCUUCCCCCUCUCACAGCUCCUCCCUUCCCCCACCCACAGCAUCUCCCUUCCCCCACCCACAGCAUCUCCCUUCCCCCUCUCACAGCUCCUCCCUUCCCCAUCUCACAGCAUCUCCCUUCCCCCACCCACAGCAUCUCCCUUCCCCCUAUCACAGCUCCUCCCUUCCCCCUCUCACAGCUCCUCCCUUCCCCCACCCACAGCAUCUCCCUUCCCCCACCCACAGCAUCUCCCUUCCCCCUCUCACAGCUCCUCCCUUCCCCAUCUCACAGCAUCUCCCUUCCCCCACCCACAGCAUCUCCCUUCCCCCUAUCACAGCUCCUCCCUUCCCCCUCUCACAGCUCCUACCUUCCCCCACCCACAGCAUCUCCCUUCCCCCACCCACAGCAUCUCCCUUCCCCCACCCACAUCAUCUCCCUUCCCCCUCUCACAGCUCCUCCCUUCCCCCUCUCACAGCUCCUCCCUUCCCCCACCCACAUCAUCUCCCUUCCCCCUAUCACAGCUCCUCCCUUCCCCCUCUCACAGCUCCUCCCUUCCCCCACCCACAGCAUCUCCCUUCCCCCACCCACAGCAUCUCCCUUCCCCCUCUCACAGCUCCUCCCUUCCCCAUCUCACAGCAUCUCCCUUCCCCCACCCACAGCAUCUCCCUUCCCCCUAUCACAGCUCCUCCCUUCCCCCUCUCACAGCUCCUCCCUUCCCCCACCCACAUCAUCUCCCUUCCUCCUCCCUUCCCCCUCUCACAGCUCCUCCCUUCCCCCACCCACAUCAUCUCCCUUCCCCCUAUCACAGCUCCUCCCUUCCCCCUCUCACAGCUCCUCCCUUCCCCCACCCACAGCAUCUCCCUUCCCCCACCCACAGCAUCUCCCUUCCCCCUCUCACAGCUCCUCCCUUCCCCAUCUCACAGCAUCUCCCUUCCCCCACCCACAGCAUCUCCCUUCCCCCUAUCACAGCUCCUCCCUUCCCCCUCUCACAGCUCCUCCCUUCCCCCACCCACAGCAUCUCCCUUCCCCCACCCACAGCAUCUCCCUUCCCCCUCUCACAGCUCCUCCCUUCCCCAUCUCACAGCAUCUCCCUUCCCCCACCCACAGCAUCUCCCUUCCCCCUAUCACAGCUCCUCCCUUCCCCCUCUCACAGCUCCUACCUUCCCCCACCCACAGCAUCUCCCUUCCCCCACCCACAGCAUCUCCCUUCCCCCUCUCACAGCUCCUCCCUUCCCCCUCUCACAGCUCCUCCCUUCCCCCACCCACAUCAUCUCCCUUCCCCCUCUCACAGCUCCUCACUUCCCACACACAGCAUCUCCAUUCCCCAUAUCACAGCUCGUCCCUUCCCCCUCUCACAGCUCCUCCCUUCCCCCACCCACAGCAGCUCCCUUCCCCCUCUCGCACCUCCUACCUUCCCCCUCUCGCUGCUCCUCCCUUCCCCGUUCCGCCUCUCAUUCCGCAUCUCAAGCCGCCUCUCCUUCCGCCUCUCAUUCCGCCCCUCCUUCCGCAUCUCACUCCGCCUCUCGCGUCGCCUCUCAUUCCGGGUUUCUUUCCGCCCCUCAUUACGCCUCUCAUUACGCCUCUCAUUACGCCUCUCAUUACGCCUAUCUAUUCGCCUCAUCCCGCCUCUCAAUCCGCCUCUCAUCCCGCCUCUCACGCCGCCUCUCGUUCCGCCUCUCGUUCCGCCUCUCAUUCCGCCUCUCGCAGCGGGCGGCGGGGAUGCUCCGACCAAGGUACGCGCAGCUGCGCGCAGGCGCGGAUCUAGCAGCAGCGCUAGGAGGGACGCGAGGCGGGCGAGGGGCUGAGAGGGCGGCAGCGUGGGCGGAUGGAGGGGCGGGGCAGCAGCGGGAUGCGCUGACUUG